AUGAAGAAAAUCACAUGUAUAGUGGCUGGUUGCGACACAGUGGAAACAAAUACUAGUGCUACAGCGAAGUUCCACCAGAUUCCGAGAGACGGGGAGGCCAGAAAAAAGUGGUUAAAGGCGAUCAACAGGACUGAAGAUGAAGUCAACAAACGUACUAAAGUGUGCAACAAACACUUCAAGAACUCGGAUUACUCCGUCACCAGGUUCAAUUACAGUUCUGGGAGUAAGAAUAACCCGUCGUCAAGUAAGAAACAAUCCGAAUUCAAAGCUUUGAAAAUCGAGGCGGUGCCCUCUCUGAAUUUACCGCAAAAAUCAACUUUCAAGAUCAAAAUCAGCAAAAAAGAUAACAAUAGCAAGGAAAUUAAAGUAGAGGAAGUCAAAGUAAAAGAAGAGAAGAUUGAAAAGGUGAAAAUGCCCAAAAAGCAACAAGUUGAACUGAGUCCUCCAAGAUCCAGAACUCAAUCCAGAAGGGCUGCCAGUAAAGAAGCCCUAAAACAAAUGCAACUUUUAUUGGAUGAUGAAGAUGAUGCUGUUGAAAUUCCUGAUGAUGAUAUCUUAGAUCAUUGCUCUUGGUUCGUCACCCCCUCCACCACCACCCCCUAAGAAAAAAUAUAAACUGAGCCAUAGAAAAUCGUCAGACGGCAAUGAUAGGGACGUAUUAGUUUUGAAAACAAUCACAAACCGAAAUGCUGAGAACACUCUGGAACUGGACUGUUGGGUAGAGCAAUUAGAAGAGGUGCAAAGAACUAGGAUUAAAAAGAUGCAGGAUGAAGAGAAGGAGUUACAGGACAAGCUUGAUUCCUUGAUUCAUACUGAAAAUGCAAAAGUUGUUCACACAGGGGAGUUGAACACUAUCAUUGAAGUCACUGAACAAGUACAAAGUGCAAUAGCAAGUGCCAAAGCACCUUCUAACCUGGUACUAAACAACAAUGGCGGCAGUGGUUCACAGAGCUACCAGCUGGUCAUGGACCCCAGAUUGGGGUUGAUAGUGGGAGCAGUCAGUGGCCCCCCUCCCAAUAACAGUCCUACCACUCCCCAACCCAAAGUGUAUCAGGGCAAAGUACAGGUCGCUCAGAACCUCCAACAGCCGCCCACCACUCCGACGAUGACGAGGGGCGGGCGAGGUCGCAGGGGCGGCUACAGGGGCGGCAUGGCUGCCCAAGCCAGCACGCCCACCACGUGGAACGUGCCCCAGACCAGGAAGAUGGUGGCCAACGUCGUGCAAACGACGCCGACGAAUGCGAAGAAGGUGACUACUACUGUGCAGAAAUCUUCGCCAGCAGUACAAAAAUCAGUGCCCCCUGUGCCGCAGGCAACUGUGAAUACCAGAGCGAGAGGGCUGCAAACGAACUCGUACACCACCGCCCGCCCCUCCGAGACCAGCGUCGAGGGCGGGCUGACGUUGGGCGCGCCUGCCUCCGCCGCUGCGGCCGCCCCUAAGCCCAAGGUCGUCGUCGACCUCACCGCCGACGACAACAGGGCCAAUCUGCCCGACAGCCGCGAGAUCAGCUUCAACAAGUUGCAGGGCAAGACAUACCCAUCUCUAGUCGUAGUGGCGAGGCCCCAUCUCAGGGUGCAGGAUUUGUCCGUCGACAGGCCCAAAUUGGAUUCCAAGGUGAAGUCCGUCCUGAUGCACGCUCCUACCAAAUUCACAGAAUGGCUGAUCCAACAAGGCUUGGUGAGGUCGGAGCAAAAAUGCUCGGUGCACACCUCCACUCAGCUCAAGCUCGGCAUGUACAGCGACGUGUCCAAGUUCCCUUAUUCAGGCGGCUACGUCUGGAUAUCCGAAUGCUGCCCGCAGCGGUUCGUGUCUGUCUUCAGCGGGUCUCUGUUCGAGGGUUCGCCGCAUCCGCCCAUGGUCAUUCUCAAGCUGCUGUACCAUUGGGCGUGCCAGACAAACAUACAGAAUGUUACUCAAUGGGUUAAAGUGGACAACCUUUACGUGAAGGGUAUGUUCACUUGGCUCAGGUCGAUUUGUACUGCAGCUUUGCAGACGCACAUAAGACCAUUGGGCGGUCCCGGCAUCAAAGUCGAGGUGGGAGUCAUAUCAUUAGGGACGACUUCGCAGGACGGAAAUCAGAGGCAGGUCAAAGUCGAAGUUCUCGGAAUUCUAGAACCCGUGUCGAAGCUGAUAAGGUUGCGCGCCGUGGAGCCUCAAGCGGAAGGCGACCGCAACUACAAGAAGCGCUUCUCGAAGAUCCUCGAGCCCAUCCACCAAUGGGUGCACCCGCAGAGCACCCUCGUCGCCGAUCUGACAGUCGACAAGCAGACGCUGAUCAACAUGGGCUUCGCCAACGUGAUGCAAUCGCAGUCGAACGAGUUCGGAGGAAAUAGGCAGAUCAUGGAGUACCUGAGGCGGAUCGUGCCGAGGAUGUUCCAGAACACGCUGUCGCUGCUGUCCAGGCAGAUCAUACAGCAGUUUCUUGACGAGUUGGUGUGGCGCGAAUGGUUCGGCAUUUCGUCCCUGCAGGCCUUCGAGAACCUCAUCCAGCACCUGUCGGAGCAGACGCGCCACGACAGCGGCCAAACGCUCAUCGUACGGCUCAACAAGGUGGCGCAGAACCCGUUCAAGAAUUGGGCGGUACCCGUGGGCAACGUCACCAAGGUGGUAGAAAACGCCACCCCGAAUUCGAAUAAGAAGCAGCGGGCCAGGAAGCAGGAAGUCCCCAAGGUCGCCCAAAACUCGCCGGCCGAGCAACGGCCGCCCAAGAGCACCUCGCCCGACGUGCCCGAGCAAAUGGUGCCCUUGGAGAACUACUACUACGGCACCGUCGAUCCCUACUCCAAAACGCCCACCAUCGUCCUCAACAUGAAGUGCCCCUUCUGCAAGGACCUCUUCGACAACAACAUCCAGCUGAUGAGCCAUCUGUUCAAGCAUGCGCACAACGUGUCUCAGGACGCGCAGCUCUGCCGGUACUGCCUCACCAGCGUGUCGACGGCCAACGAUCUUCUCAAACAUGUUGCUUCCUCGCACCCCGCCGAAACGAAAUUCGACAACGGCUUCGUGUGCCUCGUGUGCGAGACCCAAUACAUGAACCCGUUCAUCUUGGGCAAGCACAUGUCCAAAGAGCACUGCCCCUCGGAGCUGCCCUACCAGUGCGGCACGUGCGGCUACCGGUGUUCCAAUCACAAGCAGGCCAUCGACCACUUCUACAAGGCGCACGACAACGGUCCGACGAUCCAGUGCCCGUUCUGCCUCAAAUCCACAACGGUGUUCUCGUCCAGCAGGAACAUCGUGCAGAACAUGAACUACUUCAUACAGCAUUUGCAGAAACACCAGCGCGGCAAGCCGGGCCUGGUGCCUUGGCAGGCGCCCAGGAACGGCGUCAUGGUGCCCAAGUCGCGGACGGACAAGCACCCCGGCGACGGGGAGGUGAUCGACUUCGGCGCGCUGCGCUUCGACCUCGGCGAGAGCGCGGCGUGUAAGGAGUGCGGCCGGUCGAUGGGCGCGCCCAAACAUUUCCCAUCGUUUGACAGUUGUCAGAACCCCAACUGUCAAUAUUCCACUUGUUGCACGAACGCCAUGCAAGAACACAACGCCAAGUGCAGCAAAAAUCAGAAUCCAGUCGCAGAAGAAAAGCUGCCAUUUGAGAUGUUCUGCAUUUGUGGCCAUAGCAGUACAGAUGGAAACCAAAUGGCGAGGCAUCUGGCAAUAUGCGAACGAAAGUCGGCGUAUCCCUCCAAGGCCGAAGCGAAAUCAGCCACUGUCACGCACAGCAUGUUGGACGUGUUGGGGUUAGUAAGAAAACCCGAAGAGACAGCCAAAAAGUCGGGCGAAGCCAAGGAACCAUUCGCCAGCAAAAGGACAGGACCGGGCAAGUUCUCCAAGCGCAGAGUAGGAUUCGCGAUGGUCCCGAAAAAAGCGCCAGAGCGACAAAAAGUGGAAGAACAGCCCAUGGAAGUGGUCGAAUCGGAAGAAAGCGCCUCGCCAGUGGUCGAGGAUAAAGAAGAUGCAAGCAAAAACGGAGAAUUAUCGGAAAGUGUGCGAGAAAUAGGCACCGAGGAAAGCGAAGUGAAAGCUAAAGAACCAGAUUUAGAAGAAAUGGAAAAUGACGUUAAUAUGGAAAAAGUAAGACCAGAGAACGAGUCGGUCUUAGAUACAGAAAAGGAGACCUCAGAAAUAGAAGAUAAAAAGGAAGAAGAAAAAGAACAUGUGGCAACAGAAGUAGAACAAGGAGCAGUGGAAGAAGAUAAAGAACCAACCGAAUUGGCAGUGACAGAAGAAAAAGAAACAGCGACACUGGAAGAAGAAAAAGAAUCAAUAGAACUGGCCACGACAGAAGAUACUAAUACAAUUGAGGAAGAAACGGGGCCAAUGAAAGAAGAUGAAGAAGCAGCAGAAGAAAAAGAGACUGUAGAAGAUGAAACAGAGGCCGUGAAAGAGGCAGUAGAAGAAAAAGAGGCGCUUGAAGAAAAAGAGACAGCUGAGUCUAUAGAAGACACAGUGGAAGAUAAAAAUGAGAAAGAUGAAGUUGAAGAUACCCCAGCAGCUGACCUCGGGGAAGAAACACAGUCAAGUGAAGAGAAAGCAUCACCAGGAGCAGGAGAGACAGACUUGCUGAAGGAAGAAUCAAAGGAAAAAGAACCAGAUGAGAACGAGUUGAUCGAUGAAAAUGAGUUGAAAGAAGAAACCGUGAAGCAACUGGAAGAAGAGAUGACGGAGAAGCUCACGGACGUUGAGGAGCCGCUGACUCUUCCCGAAGAAAUCCCUCCGGUCGAGAAUAAUGUGAACGAAGAUGAAGAAAUGGAAGUGUCUGAAAUGGCAGAGAAGCCCCAGGACUCCGAAAUAACUCCCGAUGACAUCGAGAAUCUCAUUUCUGACGUGGUGGAAGAGAAGGCGGAAGCAGACAAAGAAAUGAAUUUUGAUGACGUGCAGGGUAUGGACCACCAAGAGUUGGAAGGUGGUUCUAGUGACGUCAUACAGGGUGGAGCGACUCCAAUGGACACUGAUUGA